AUGGAGUAUGAUAAUUCAACUUUCAAUGGAAACGCUAAUGCAGUUUUAAAUGUAAACGAUGAUGCAACAAAAAUAUAUGAUGACUCAAGCAUUGAAGAUCAUGUUCCUCUUUUGCAGAAGUUAGUAGCAGAGGUGGUGGGAACAUUCUUCUUAAUAUUGAUUGGAUGUGGUUCCGUAGUUACAAAUCUUAACAAUGAUAAUGUAGUGACACUUCCUGGAAUUGCAUUUGUCUGGGGAUUUUGCGUUAUGACAUUGGUAUACUCUCUUGGUCAUAUCUCUGGUGCUCAUUUUAAUCCUGCUGUCACAAUUGCUCACGCGUCAACCAAAAGAUUUCCAUUGUCACAGGUACCACCAUAUAUAAUUGCUCAAUUUAUUGGAUCACUACUUGCAAGUGGAGCUCUCAAACUUAUAUUUAGUGGCAAAGAAAAUCAGUUUGUGGGAACACUUCCCGCCGGUUCUAACCUCCAAGCUUUUGUGAUUGAAUUUAUAAUUACUUUCUACCUUAUGUUCAUCAUCUCUGGAGUUGCCACAGAUGACAGAGCGAUCGGUGAAUUGGCUGGACUUGCAGUUGGAUCUACAAUUAUUCUAAAUGUGUUGUUUGCCGGACCAAUCACAGGAGCAUCAAUGAAUCCAGUAAGAAGUUUAGGUCCAGCUAUUGUGCACCACGAAUAUAGAGGAAUAUGGGCUUAUGUGUUUGCACCAAUUCUAGGAGCUUUGGCUGGUACAUGGGCGUAUACUUUUAUUAGAAUCACAAACAAACCAGUACGUGAACUCACAAAGAGUGGUUCAUUCCUUAAAGAUUCGAGAUGCAAAUGA